AUGGGUUCAACCUCAGCCUUAGCCGACCGCAUAAACAUUAAAAGGAAAAAUGCCUGGCCACCAGCAUAUUUGUCAGUUCAAGAAGUUAUAGACUGUGCAAAUGCUGGAAGUUGUGAAGGUGGAGAUGUUGGGCCAGUUUAUGAAUAUGCACAUAAACAUGGAAUUCCACAUGAGACUUGCAAUAAUUAUCAAGCAAAAGAUGGACAAUGCGAUCCUUAUAAUCGUUGUGGAAGUUGUUGGCCGGAUAGAUGUUUUGAUAUCAAAAAUUAUACUCUCUACAAGGUGAAAGAAUUUGGGCCGGUUUCUGGAAUUAUUAAAAUGAAAGCAGAGAUAUACAAAGGAGGACCUAUUGCUUGUGGAAUUGCUGCUACCAAAAAGUUUGAUGAUUAUGCUGGCGGUAUUUAUAAAGAAAAGACUAAUGAAGAAAUCAACCACAUUAUAAGCGUUGUCGGAUGGGGAAAAGACGAAAACUCUGGAAUUCCCUAUUGGAUUGGUCGUAAUAGUUGGGGCACCGCUUGGGGUGAAAAUGGCUGGUUCCGUAUAGUAACCUCAGAAUAUCGAAAUGGAGGGAAUAAAUAUAAUUUAAAAAUUGAAGAAGAUUGUUAUUGGGCUGAUCCUGAAAUUUAA